GUAUGCCAUCAUCGUGGCUGACAUCGCCAACAUUUCCAUUCAGUUGUGCGAGUUCAAAGUCUUGUGUUCGCACGCAUUCAUGCAGGUGGUGCUUUGCCUCGGAGUGGUCACGUGCGUUUUGCUCGUUUUUGCCUUCGCCAUCUCCAGCAUGACCCGGGAG